GGCUAUGCGCGUUCCCGCCACUCUCCCAGAAGCAGCGGCAGUAGUAGUCUUCGGCGGCGGCGCUGCUGCUGCGCCGGUGGCGGGGAGAGCGCAACGUCCCUUCUGUGGCUGAGGCGCGGUCCUCGCUCCGGCGCCACCUCUUUCCCUGGGCCACCAUGGAGCUCUUCCAAGCCAAGGACCACUACAUCCUCCAGCAGGGUGAACGGGCGCUCUGGUGUAACCGCGUCGACGGCAGUUUCCAGCUCCGUCCCGCUACGGACCUUCUCCUUGCUUGGAAUCCAAUUUGUCUGGGGCUGAUAGAGGGAAUCAUUGGGAAAAUUCAGCUUCAUACAGAUCUGCCAUGGUGGUUGCUUCUUGUUCGCCAAAAAGUUGUUGUUGGCAAGCUUCCAGGAGAACAUGAAGUAUGCAAGAUAACAAAGAUUACAGCAGUACCACUUUCAGAAGCAGAACCUCAGGACCUGGAGUUGGAGCUCUGUAAAAAACAUCAUUUUGGAAUAGACAAACCAGAGAAGAUUACACAGUCUCCAGAUGACUCUAAAUUUCUGCUGAAGACCUUCACUCAGAUUAAAUCAAAUGUUUCUGCUUCUAAUAAAAAGAAGGUCAAAGAAAGUAAAGAGAAGGAGAGACUAGAAAGGAGGCUGCUAGAAGAAUUAUUGAAAAUGUUUAUGGACUCGGAUUCUUUUUAUUACUCUUCGAGUUACGACUUAACAAACUCUGUGCAAAGGCAAAGUGCAUGUGAGAAGGCCAACUUGCCGCUUUGGAAGAAGGUUGAUGACAGAUUCUUUUGGAACAAACACAUGGUUCAAGAUCUGAUCAAUAUUGGGAAUUGUGAAGUGGAUUUUUGGAUUACCCCAGUCAUACAGGGAUUUGUACAGAUUGAAGAGCUUGUAGUUAAUUAUAGCGAAGCUUCAGAUGAAGAGAAAAGCAGUCCUGAGACACCACCUCAGGAGUCCAUUUGUGUGGAUGACAUUCACCCAUGUUUUCUUGUGGCACUUAUCUCCCGUAGAAGCCGCCAUAGAGCUGGGAUGCGUUACAAACGAAGAGGGGUUGAUAAAAAUGGGAAUGUGGCAAAUUAUGUAGAGACAGAACAACUGAUUCAUGUCCAUAACCACACCCUCUCAUUUGUUCAAACAAGAGGCUCUGUGCCUGUGUUCUGGAGCCAGGUUGGUUAUAGAUACAACCCCCGGCCACGAUUGGACAAAUGUGAAAAGGAAACCAUUUCAUAUUUUCGUGCACAUUUUGAGGAGCAGUUGAAAAUUUACACAAAACAGGUUAUCAUUAACUUGGUGGACCAAGCUGGACGGGAAAAAACUAUUGGUGAUGCUUUUCUUAAACAAGUUUUGCUGUAUAAUAAUCCAAGCCUUACAUAUGUUUCAUUUGACUUCCAUGAACACUGCCGUGGAAUGAAGUUUGAAAAUGUUCAAACACUAACAGAUGCCAUAUCAGACAUUAUUACUGAUAUGAAGUGGUGCUGGGUGGACCAAGCUGGCGUUAUUUGUAAGCAGGAAGGAAUUUUCCGAGUUAACUGUAUGGAUUGUUUGGAUCGAACCAAUGUUGUUCAGGCUGCUAUUGCUCGUGUAGUUAUGGAACAGCAGCUGAAGAAAUUGGGUGUUAUGCCACCAGAACAGCCUUUGCCUGUGAAAUGCAAUAGAAUCUACCAGUUAAUAUGGGCGAACAACGGUGAUGCCAUAAGCAGACAGUAUGCUGGAACAGCAGCUUUGAAGGGUGACUUCACAAGGACCGGUGAAAGGAAGCUGGCAGGAGUUAUGAAAGAUGGAGUUAACUCUGCAAAUAGGUACUACUUAAACCGCUUCAGGGAUGCUUAUAGGCAGGCAGUCAUAGAUUUAAUGCAGGGUAUUCCUGUGACAGAGGACCUCUAUUCUAUAUUUACAAAAGAGAAAGAACAUGAAGCUUUGCACAAGGAAAAUUUGAGAAGUCAUCAGGAGCUAAUCAGCCAGCUAUUACAAAGCUAUAUGAAGCUGCUUUUACCAGAUGACGAGAAAUUCCAUGGUGGUUGGGCACUUAUUGAUUGUGACCCAAGCCUUGUCGAUGCCACUCAUAAAGAUGUUGAUGUUCUGUUUCUACUUUCCAACUCUGCAUAUUAUGUAGCUUAUUAUGAUGAUGAAGUUGACAAAGUAAAUCAGUACCAAAGGCUGAGCCUUGAUGAUUUGGAGAGAAUAGAAAUAGGACCUGAACCAACUCUCUUUGGAAAGCCCAAAUUCUCAUGUAUGAGGCUGCAUUAUAAGUACAAAGAUACAAGUGGAUAUUUUCAUACUCUUAGAACUGUAGUGCGCAACCCUGAAGAGGAUGGAAAAGACACACUACAGUGCAUUGCAGAGAUGCUCCGAAUCACUAGACAAGCCAUGGGAUCAGAUUUACUUAUUGUUGAGAGAAAAUUGGAGAGAAAGAGCAGUAAACCCCAUGAAGACAUCAUUGGCAUCAGAUCGCAGAAUAGAGGCUCACUGGCACAGGGGAAGAAUUAUUUAAUGAGCAAGUUCUCUUCUCUUAAUCAGAAAGUAAAACAAACAAAAUCAAAUGUAAAUAUCGGCAGUCUUAGAAAGUUGGGGAACUUUGCCAAGCCUGAAAUGAAAGUAAAUUUUUUAAAGCCCAAUCUGAAAGUAAAUCUUUGGAAGUCAGACAGUAGCCUUGAAACAAUGGAAAAUCCCAUGACUGAUACUAAAGUCUGUGCAGAAUCAGACAUUGAGAUUUCUUCAGAUAAUGACUCAUUCCAUUCAGAUGACUUCCUUACAAAUUCUAAGUCUGAUGAGGACCAGCAAUUUGUUGACUCCCUGGAGACCGUGGGCCAGAUAGAUUAUGUUCUACCUAGCUGCGGUAUCAUUGCUUCUGCUCCUCGUCUAAGCAGUCGGUCCCAGUCUAUAAGCAGUGCGGACAUCAAUAUUAACAUUCCCAUUCCUACAGAAAUCCAUAUUGAACAAUGUGGAGAUCAAACUAACAGAUCUGAAUUUGAAGGCCAAGCAUUUCAGGAAACUCCAUCCAAUGAGGAUGCAGCAGUGGAGUUUACUAAGCCAAUUGAUGCAUACUGCCACCGAUUUGUACAAGAUGCUCAAAAUAAGAUUACCAGUGCUUCAGAAAUAGAUGCCAGAUCUCAAGAGCCUCACAAGGAAAUGGAUCGCAUUAGCAAUAAUUCUAAGAAAAUGGACCCUUACUUUAUAAAAGAGAUUCCAUCUAGACCAUCUAGAUUAGAUGUCCUAGUUACAGAGCCAGGCUCACAGCUCUUAGUAGUUGAACAGAUUAAUUCUCCUAGGCCUCGUAAUACCCCAGGCUCUGCAUCUAGUGUUCUUGAAGCUGAACCAGGGUUUGAUACGUCACCUUCGCCGGCAGAGAAUAAUGGUAGCAGGGCAGUCUCUCCCUUUGCAAAGAUCCGCAGUUCCAUGGUCCAGGUAGCUAAUAUUACGCAAGCUGGUUUGACCCAAGGAAUUAACUUUGCAGUAGCUAAAGUUCAGAAGAGUCCAGCGGACCCAGAAUCUGUAAAUGAGAUUCAGCAAAAUGAACUGAGAGAAAUGUUUACACAGUGUCAGACGCGAAUAAUUCAGAUCUAGUGAUCAAGUCGUUCUACUUCAGUUGUACAUAUUGCUAAACAAAGAUAACAAAAGCCCUUAUGAAAAACUGACUGCCAUUGAGUAUAAAAAUACUACCAAUAACUAUGUUUACAGAAAGUCUUGGGAUAAAUGAGAGUUGAAUUCUGAACUGGUUUCAGAACUAUCCUCUGGUACCUGUUCUGGUGAAAGUAAAUCUUGCUAAAUAAGUAGCUCAUUCACCAGUUUCUGAUAUGCAUAUUAGAUGGGGUGAUCAGUUGCACAAUUUAUCUUUUUUUAGACCAGUUCUGAUGAGUCUUCUGAUUUCUGUAGAAUAUUUAUACUGUGGGCCUGUCACUGGGUACCUGUUACCUUACUAAUCUUGCACUGUAGCAAUGAAAUAUUUUACUCACAGAUGACAUUCUAUUUAUUUUUCAGACUAACUUUUUUAAUUUAAGCUUUUAAUGUGUGUUCCUUGAUGUUCUAGUUGCAUUCCUAAAGAAAUAGUCUUUGCAGAUACGUGUGCAUACUAAGGGUUUACUUCUUCCUACCUCCUUUAAUUUACUUCUAUGGUAUCUUGGAGCAAUCUAAUAUAGUAAUGUAUAAAAGCUUGCAGUGCAGCUACUGAAAGAAUUUUUUUGUAAAUGGUGUAUCUGGAAGCUAUUGUGUGUCUUCUGUUUAAUGACCCUAGCUCUGCUGUUGACCAAAACCCUUUGAGGAAACACUGGGGUCUUGUCUUAACAGAUAACUGAAUGUCAGAUAUACUGUGUCCAAGACAUUAGAACAUUGUCUAAACCUAACUACCAAAAAUACCAUACAAAAUUUAUACAACCAUAAAAUUAUACUGCUGAUAUUUAAAACUAGAUUAAUCCAAAGGAUUUCAAAGCUGUUCAAGUAGUAGAAAUCCACUAUGAGAUCAUCUCAGCCUUUGUUACAGCACUGAUUGGGAAUGAACCGUAGUGUUUGUCCUGGGAUUCCAAAAGCCUGAUGUGUUGGGAUACAUUUCUUUAUCACUUACUGGUAUAUAUCCCAGAACAAUUGGCUGAUGUUCCAUAGUAGAACAUAGCAAUAGGAACAGUGACAUUGGAUACUGCUGUCUUGUGCUUCUUAGCCUUAGUAGUCCUCCACUCCUGAGCCAGGAUCUCUUUAUGUUAGUACAUGUGCACUAUAGCUAGGCUGCACGUGAUGUUCUAAGCAGUGGAACAAGUGUCAUAAUGAUAGUACUGUGUCUUUGAACAUCUCUAAUAUAACAGAAGUGAUCAUCAACUUAACCUGAUUGUCUUUUUGUUGGAAGCUUUUGAUACUGGUUCCAUUUUGUUAUUUAUUUCUUACUUUGUGAUAUGUUUCUUUUUGGAGUGUCUGUACAAAUUGGUGACUAUUUAAAAUAAAAUUGUAUUGUUUUAAUGUGGGAGACAUGAGAAAUAUUUUAAUAAAAAAUGAUAUACAGCAAA